GGGGCUGUAACCCCUGAAAGAGCACAACAGCCCAGGAAUUGCAUCAAUAGAGAAAGAAAGGCUGAACCUGGAACAGAGUUUGUUUAUUUCACUUUAUUGGAGGUGGACAGAUUUAAUUGGCUUGAGGAAUGAGGAAUAUGAGCAAAGAGCCCUCUGGACCCUCCAGCCGAUACGCAUCUUGUGAAUGGUACUACCAUGUUCCACUAAAACGACCAGAGAAGUCAGUGAAAUCGGAAAUCCCAAUCCCUCCACCAUCCCAGAUCCCAGGCCUAAGCAACGUUGGAGAACAUUACAAUGAAAUUACAUUUGGGGGCCGCAGGAAAUGGAUUAGGGACACUGAUUCAGAAUAUGUAAAGCUGGCAAAGCAAGGAGGCCAACCUGAUUUGUUGAAACAUUUUGCAUCUAGUUCAAGAAAAACAUCCCCAGUAGCAUAUGCUGCACCUGACUGGUAUAUGCACCACAGUCAACCUCUAACAGCUGAUGAAUCUAAAGCACAUGUUUCCUCAGUGCCGGACUACAUGGUUCAUGAAGAAUUUAAGCCUGACCACCUCAAUGGUAACUAUGAAACAAAAAGAGGGCCUUUUGAUUUUGAUAUGAAAAGUAUCUGGCAGAGGGAUGCCGAAGACAAAGAGAACAAAGAGAAAAGAAAGGAAAACGCUGCACAAGUUGAGGUCCGUGUGGGCAACACAAAAGAGGUAAAGCUUCCUGCUAUAAACCCCAAAUAUCCAAACAGAAUACCACCCUCUAUUGCUAAUAAGGAAUUCCACCGGAGAAAUAGGCUUUACUUUCCACCUAUGCCUGGUCAGAAAAACAACGAACCUGUAAAUUUCAGCAAACUGAUGAGUAAUGGUUACAGGGAUGAUUGGAUUCAGCAGCGUAAUGACUUGGAGAAAAAGAUUCAGCAACCCCCCCAAAAUAGCAAGCAGCCUAAAGAAUCUCUUUCUUCAAGUGAGUACCAGAAAAAAAUAGGGAAGAAGCAGAAAGCUAAAAAGCAUACCUUGUCAUUCAAAAGAAAAACUGUUGCAAAAAUAAAGGAUGAACCCAGAUCUCAAUCUGGACCUGAAAUAGGUGCCCUGCCAAAGCCACUCUUCAAACUCAACAUGUUCAGAGACAUCCCAGCCCGAAUUGACUCCAACAGACAACAAGUAAAAACUGCAGCUGUAGAGGUGCAAUAAAGAUAUUACUGUACCAAUAUUUUUAAAACAGCAUCAAGAACAGGAAAGCAUGAUAUGGCUUAUGAAAUAGGCUUCUAAGUGUAUAGGUUGAUAUUUGUUAGAUUACAUCUAUCUAACAAUUGUAGUUAAAUUCGUCCCUGGUGUAACUUCAUUUACAUCUGUAGCUUUACAUCAGAGAUGAAAGUUCAGCCUUUCACAUCAGUACGUUUAUAGUGUAGACAAUAACUAUUGCAGAAUACAUCAGUUUGCCUUUCACUAAGGGCUCAUCUACACAUAAAUACUGUACCAGUAUACUUAAAGUAGUACAAUCUCCUCAACUGUGGACACAGUUAUGCAGUUAAAACAUGUCUAUGCUAAGAAUUGUAUUGGUAUAACUACUUAGAUAAAAUCACACAGCCUCAACUGAAAAGUUAUAUUGGUACAAAAUCUCUUAGAUUUACGGUUUUCUUAGAGUACCACAGCACUGCACCUGCUACAUAAGAAUUAGUUGAUCAGUGGCAUUGCUGCAAUGACAGGGCCAACUCAGCUCAUUCUAUAGCAUCAUGUUUUGUAGUUUUGCAUGUUUUGCAUCACUGGAAGUGGUUCAAUAGAGCAAACAAUGAAACUGAUAUGAACAAUACAUGUUUUCUGCACUUUAAGCCUGAAAGUCUUAAUUUUGUAAAUCUCAACAUUUUGACUGGGUCAAAAAAAUUCCAUUUAAUGCUAAACUUCUGUGUUGUUGGUUCAUGUUAAGCAAAAAACAGUUUUUUUAAAAAACAACAAUGCAUAUUAAUGGUAAAGAUGUUACUCUGGAAGCUAGUAUGUAUUUACAGUUUCCAGUACCUCAAUUUCACAUUUACUUUUGUCUGUUUGAAUUAGGGUUAUGCCUUGCAUCCCAUAAAUCACACAAAUACUGACUAUGUUUGAAUAGAUUCCACGAGAGAAUGGACAUAAUUUUGGAUUUGGUUCAUUAAGAAAUUUUCUGUUAUACUCUGAAAAAGCAAAAAUGUGUUGUUACAAUUGAAAUGUUAAUAUGGUUAUUUCCUUUUCAGAAUAUACUUACUAUUCAUUGUACAUCUGUUAAUCCAAAAUUAAAGCUUUUAAGUCAUGUUACCAAAAAA